AUGGCCGAAGAGAUCGACUACGAGGCACUCCCAUCCAACGCCGGAAUCGGUGUAAACAUGCUGGCAGGUGCAAUGGCUGGCAUCUCCGAACACGCAGUAAUGUUCCCGGUAGACAGUAUCAAGACUAGGAUGCAGGUUAUUACUACCUCGAACGUUGCGGUCUAUUCAAGUUUGGGGAAUGCCGUCCAGCGUAUUGCGUCGACCGAGGGAUUGCGUACGUUAUGGAGGGGCGUCGCAUCGGUCAUAUUGGGUGCUGGCCCGGCGCAUGCAGUGCAAUUCGGGACGUACGAAGCUGUGAAGGAAUUUGCAGGAGAUACUAAGACAGGCCAUUUGAUCGCUGGUGCCUGUGCGAGUAUCUCGAGUGAGGCUUUGAUGAACCCGUUUGAUGUGAUCAAGCAGCGAAUGCAGCUCAAAGACUCUGCAUUUCGGUCGGUUGCAUCCUGCGCAAAGGCUGUUUACCGCAACGAGGGAUUAACAGCAUUUUACAUUUCGUACCCGACAACUCUUACCAUGUCGGUCCCAUUUGCUGCAGCACAGUUCACGGCCUACGAGUCGAUCAAGCGGGUCUUGAAUCCAUCAGAUCACUACUCACCCAUUACGCACGUGACGGCAGGAGGAAUGGCAGGAGCGUUUGCUGCUGCGAUUACAACCCCCUUGGACGUUGCGAAAACACUUUUGCAAACACGAGGAACGUCCGAUGACCCAAGGAUUCGACAUGCCCGGGGGAUGCGUGAUGCUUUCCAGAUUAUCUAUGAUAGGAAUGGACUCAAGGGUUUCACUCGAGGCCUUACACCGCGGGUGUUAACGUUUAUGCCUAGUAACGCGUUAUGUUGGUUAUGCUAUGAAUUCUUUAAAAUGACUAUUCGUACAGAUGACAAGAAGUAG